CUCGGGCGCCUCUGCUCGCUCCGGCUCCUGGGCGGUGCCAACUCGCCUCUUUCCCCUUCUCAGCCUGCCUCCAUCUGGCAGCCGCCCGACCUGGCGGUGAGAGCGGCGUGAAGAGGCAGCCGAGCCGCGCGUGGAAUUGGGCGCGGCGGAGCCGGGAGGGGCGCGCUGCGCGAGCGGGCGCCGAGGCGGCUGCCGGGGCGGCCGGUGUUCCCACGAGAGUCUAAACCCAGGACAUAGAACCUCACUUGUAAUCGAGAGUCUUCUGGAAGAGAAGAGUGGCAGAAUUUGUUUUAAGCACCAAGACUUGACUAUGAAGUAAGCAGUGCACAUGGCAUUGGUAAGGUGUUCCUUCAGGUGGAUUAAGCCCUUGGCCACGGAUUCCUGGUCGCUUAUUCUCAUUCUCUUUUCUGUACAACACGCAUAUGGGGGUGGAAAGAAGUUUAUUGGUCCCUGUGGGGGAAGAGACUGCUCUCUUUGCCAGUGCUUUCCUGAAAAGGGGUCUCGGGGUCACCCAGGACCACCUGGGCCACAGGGUCCUAUUGGGCCCCUGGGGCCUCCAGGACCCAUUGGAAUUCCAGGAGAGAAAGGGAUGAAAGGUGACAGUGGCCUUCCUGGAGCAGCAGGUGACAAAGGUGACAAGGGUCCAACAGGUGUUCCUGGAUUUCCAGGUUUGGAUGGAAUACCUGGACACCCGGGGCCUCCUGGAUCCAGAGGCAAACCUGGCAUAGAUGGCUACAAUGGCUCAAGAGGUGAUCCAGGGUUUCCAGGAGAAAGAGGAGCUUUUGGCCCAGAAGGCCCCCCAGGACUUCCUGGAAAAAAAGGAGAAAAAGGAAAUUCCGUGUUCAUUUUUGGUACUGUAAAAGGUAUUCAGGGUGACAGAGGGGACCCAGGACCUCCUGGCUUUCCAGGACCCAGGGGUGCAAGAGGGCCAGCGGGCGCCAUGGGAUAUCCAGGAGAGCCAGGGUUAGCGGGACCUCCGGGCCCUCCUGGGAGUCCAGGUUUGAAGGGUAAUCCCGGCGUCGGAGUAAAGGGGCAAAGGGGAGACCCGGGUGAAGUUGGCCAGCAAGGUUCUCCGGGACCCACCCUCUUGGUGCAGCCACCUGAUUUUUGUCUCUAUAAAGGAGAAAAGGGCAUCAAAGGAAUGCCAGGAAUGAUUGGAGCUCCUGGACCACCAGGACCCAAGGGAGAACCUGGUUUUGGAGCAAAAGGAGAGAAAGGUAUUCCUGGGUUCCCAGGACCUCGGGGUGACCCUGGUUCCUAUGGAUCUCCAGGUUUUCCAGGAUUAAAGGGAGAACAAGGACUGUUUGGAGAUCCUGGGCCAUUUGGAUUUAUUGGUCCAAAGGGGGAUCCUGGAGACCGUGGACGCCCAGGACCACCAGGUGUUCUGGCAACUCCAUCUCUUCCACUCAAAGGCCCCCCAGGGGAUCCGGGGUGCCCUGGCCGCUAUGGAGAAACGGGGAUGGUGGGACCACCUGGUCUGCCUGGUCCCCCAGGUAGACCGGGGGAAGUCUGUGCAGGCAUGAUGGGACCCCCUGGGCCACGAGGGUUUCCUGGUCCCCCAGGAUUUCCAGGGGCAGCUGGGAUUCCUGGGAGAGCUGAUUCUGCUCCAGGAAAACCAGGGAACCAGGGACCCCCUGGGUUCCCUGGAGCACCAGGGCUGCCGGGACCUCCAGGACCAGAAGUUGUAUAUUGUAGUGUUGGGCAUCCUGGACCACAAGGAAUAAAAGGCAGAAUGGGUCCUCCAGGAAGAAGAGGCUCAAAAGGAGAAAAAGGAAUUGCAGGGCUCUGUGCCUGCCAGCCUGGUCCCAUGGGCCCACCGGGCCCCCCUGGACUUCCUGGAAGGCAAGGUAGUAAGGGAGACUUGGGGCUCCCUGGGUGGCCUGGAGAAAAAGGUUACCCAGGCCCACCUGGUGCCAGAGGAUCCCCAGGGCCUCCAGGAAGACCUGGUGCACGAGGACCACCUGGAAGCAAAGGAGAGAAAGGCGACAUGGUUGUGUCAAGAGUCAAAGGGCGCAAAGGAGAAAGAGGUCCUGAUGGGCCCCCUGGAUUUCCAGGCCAGCAGGGACAACACGGUCGAGAUGGAUAUGCUGGAGAAAAAGGGGACCCAGGACCCCCGGGGGAUCAUGAAGAUGCAGUCCCGGGUGAUAAAGGACCUCCUGGACCACCGGGCCCCCCGGGGAAAACAGGACCCAGGGGGCCUCCAGGACUGGGAUUCCCUGGACCACCAGGGGAGAAAGGGCUACCAGGAGCUCCAGGCUUCCCGGGCGAGAGGGGUCCUGAUGGCCAGAAGGGUCAGAAAGGUGAUACAAUUCCUUGUAAUGUAACCUACCCUGGGAGGCCAGGCCCUCCAGGUUUUGAUGGACCUCCAGGUCCAAAGGGAUUUCCAGGUCGUCCGGGCGCUCCCGGGCUGAGGUGUUUGGAUGGGCCAAAGGGUCGGCGUGGCAAACCAGGAAUCUCAGGAGUACCGGGUCCACCUGGUUUUCGUGGUGACGUGGGAGAGCCAGGUUUUGAAGGAGAAAAGGGGUCCUCCCCUGUUGGGCCCCCAGGCUCUCCAGGUUCACCUGGAGUGAAUGGUCAGAAAGGACCCCCAGGAGACCCUGCUUAUGGCUACCCAGGACCCCCAGGAAAGAGGGGUCUUUCGGGAGUUCCAGGGUCAAAGGGACUCAGAGGUGAUCCUGGACGCCCAGGGGCUGCAGGGCCAGCUGGCAUGCCCAGAUUCCCGGGUCUCAAAGGUCCCAGAGGCAGAGAGGGAAGUGCCGGGUUUCCAGGCAUCCCAGGCCUACCCGCUCACUCCUGUGAAAGGGGCGCUCCAGGGAGGCCAGGGCAACCGGGGCUCCCCGGGCCUCCAGGCAGCCCAGGUGCCCCAGGUUGGAAAGGACAACGAGGGGACAUGGGACCUCCUGGACCUGCUGGAAUGAAGGGCUUUCCCGGAGUCCCAGGACGGCCAGGGGUAGAUGGACCCCGAGGACCUCCGGGACUCCCAGGUCCCUUUGGGGAUGAUGGGCUGCCUGGCCUUCCAGGCCCAAAGGGACCCCAGGGGCUGCCUGGCUUCCUGGGUUUUCCUGGAGAGAGAGGAACACCUGGCCCAGAUGGACACCCUGGCAGAAAGGGAGAACUCGGACAGAAGGGCUGGCCUGGCUUCCCAGGAGACCCAGGACUGAGAGGUGUCAAAGGAGCAAGAGGACCCCCAGGAGAUGAAGCAGAAAUAGAUAUUAUUUCCAUAAAAGGGAAAACUGGGGAUCCUGGGCCUCCUGGAGAUAGUGGAUUCCCAGGAGAACAAGGUGCUAAAGGCCAUCCUGGGAUGCAAGGGAGGAGAGGAGAGCCAGGAAGCCAUGGACCACCUGGAUUUCACAGAGGGGAGCCCGGGAGAACUGGGCAGCCAGGCCUUCCUGGACUCCCAGGCCCUCCAGGCUCACCUGGGCUGAGAGGGAUCAUUGGUUUUCCUGGAUUUCCAGGUGACCAGGGGGAGCCAGGUUCUCCAGGGCCCCCUGGACGUCCAGGAGUUGAUGGAGCAAGAGGACCUAAAGGAUACAAAGGUGAACCUGCAGAUCAGUUUGGCCCACCUGGUCCAAAGGGUGAGCCAGGUAGCCCUGGAUUUCCAGGACUUCUGGGACCACCUGGAGAGCAGGGCUUGCCUGGUAUUCAAGGACCUGGAGGACCACCGGGAAGGCCAGGACUACCUGGCCCCUCUGGACCAGCAGGGUAUCCAGGUAAUCCAGGUGUGCCUGGGCUGAGGGGGCCUCCGGGAGAAAUGGGGGACCCCGGGCCGAGAGGCCUCACGGGGGAUCCAGGGAUGCCAGGUCUUCCGGGAAUAAAAGGUCCUUCCGGGUCGCCGGGCCUGAACGGCUUGCAUGGCUUAAAGGGUCAGAAAGGAACCAAAGGUGCUUCAGGUUCACAUGAAAUGGGCCCACCAGGUCCACCGGGAAUACCUGGGCCAAAAGGGGAGCCAGGAGACCCCGGGAGCCCAGGAAUUUCUCCUCCAGGACUUUUUGGAGAAAAAGGCCCCCCAGGCCCCCCAGGGAGAGCUGGACCGCCUGGUCCCGCAGGUGCCCCAGGAAGAGCUCCUAAGGGUGACAUUCCGGACCCAGGUCUGCCUGGAGAUCAGGGACCUCCUGGCCCCGAUGGUCCAAGAGGAAAACCUGGACCUCCAGGGCCCCCUGGGAGCGUUGACCUUCUGAAAGGGGAACCAGGUGACUGUGGCCUGCCGGGGCCGCCAGGUCCCCCCGGCCCGCCGGGCCCUCCAGGACACAAAGGCCUCCCAGGAUGUGAUGGUAAAGACGGCCAGAAAGGACCAAUGGGAUUCCCAGGGCCGCAGGGGCCACAUGGAAUUCCUGGGCCCCCUGGAGAGAAGGGUUUACCUGGACCUCCAGGCAGACGAGGGACCUCGGGUGCUCCAGGUUCCAGAGGUGAACCUGGGCCUCCUGCAGACGAGGAUGCCUGCCCCCGAAUCCCGGGGCUUCCUGGGGCACCAGGCCCAAGAGGACCAGAAGGAGCCAUGGGGCCCCCGGGAAUGAGAGGCCCCCCAGGACCAGGGUGCAAAGGGGAGCCCGGGCCGGAUGGCAGGAGGGGCGAGGACGGCCUCCCAGGGUUCCCUGGGCCUCCAGGACAGAAAGGGGACAUGGGAGAAGCGGGCUGCCCAGGAGAACCAGGCCCUCCUGGAGCCCCAGGGGAUCCUGGGCCCAAAGGGUUUGGCCUCGGGUACCUCAGCGGCUUCCUCCUGGUUCUCCACAGUCAGACGGAUGGAGAACCCACCUGCCCCGCGGGCAUGCCCAGGCUCUGGACGGGGUAUAGUCUGUUAUACCUGGAAGGACAGGAGAAGGCUCACAAUCAAGACCUUGGCCUGGCGGGCUCGUGCCUUCCCGUGUUCAGCACGCUGCCCUUUGCCUACUGCAACAUCCACCAGGUGUGCCACUAUGCCCGGAGGAACGACAGGUCCUACUGGCUGGCCAGCACGGCGCCGCUGCCCCUGAUGCCGCUCUCGGAGGAGGAGAUCCGGCCGUACAUCAGCCGCUGCGCCGUGUGCGAGGCCCCCGCGCAGGCCGUGGCGGUGCACAGCCAGGACCAGAGCAUCCCACCGUGUCCACGGGCCUGGAGGAGCCUCUGGAUCGGGUACUCUUUCCUGAUGCACACAGGAGCUGGGGACCAAGGAGGCGGGCAGGCCCUCAUGUCACCUGGCAGCUGCCUGGAGGACUUCAGAGCCGCGCCGUUCCUUGAAUGCCAAGGCCGGCAGGGAACUUGCCACUUUUUUGCAAAUAAGUACAGCUUCUGGCUGACGACGGUGAAACCUGAUUUGCAGUUUUCCUCGGCACCAUCACCAGACACCUUGAAAGAAGGCCAGGCCCAGCGCCAGAAAAUCAGCAGGUGCCAAGUCUGUGUGAAGCAGAGCUAGACGCCCGCAGGUCACCGUCAGGUGGUCAGGAGACACUUCCAACUUCCUAGGGGGCUAAGGCGUCCUGGGCUGUGCUAAGAGAUUCAAUGGUGCUCAUCUUGGACCCCCGUUCCCGCUGUUCCUUCUGUUUCGAGGUGGUUACUCCCACAGUGCUGUGUUUCCUUCCUCUGUUCAGGAUAGACUGAGCAAGUGUACACGUGUGGGUUUGUCUGUGCCGACCAAUCCCGAUGAAAUCCAGAUAUUCUUAUUUUAUUGGAUGGUGGAAACGCUGGCUUUAUUUAAAAGUAUGCUAAUUCAGGGGAAGGCUCAGAGAUGAUAAAGGCCACGUUACAAAUUACAUUACUGCAAACUCAUUCAUUGGUUAAUAGCAACUCAAACAAUUGAAGUCAAUUACUCUAUAUAAUACAUUGGGCUUCUGGAUGGAUUUUACAGGAAAAAAAUAAAUAGGCCAACAAAUGAAACUAGAAAGUAGAGAUUUCCUACGUUUCAAAACGAUUGCCUCCGUAAUCUAUUUUUCCAUGCACUUUAAAUAAUUGUAAAACCAUGACCCAAGGAAAUUAAAAAAAAAAAAAAUCCACACAGCCAGCCUUAACAGUUCAUUUCAAAGCAGAAUGAUUCAUUAUGCCAGGAAGGACCACGGUCGCUGUAUCCCAGAGAUGCGACAUUAGCAUAAAGCACAUCACAGAUGAACAUAAAACAUUAUGUUCUCUUCUGCAUUUUUCAGAGGAUAGAAAUGCCUACUUGGGCAACCCUUUGGAAAAGUAGCAAUUAUGGAAAAAAAUAUGUUCAAUAAGGGAUUAAGAGCCUAAAAGCUAUUAAUGAAUAUUAAGGCAGUGAUUCACAAAAAUGGACUCCCCACUGCAGUGAACUUCCAAACAGAGCGCUUUUCCCCAGUCGGGGUCUGGCUUGUCCGCUGAGCGUGCAUGUGUGCUAAUGGGAUGGAAGCCACACGGGGCUCACUCAGGCGGUGACGUUCACACAAAGCAUCUCCCCCGGAGUGCCCACAGAGCUGCCUCACCUCCCGCAACGGACACUUUCCCUCCAUCCACAUAAUGGCAUCUCAUAUGGGGAAGUGACAGAGCUAUCAUUAUGCACUUGGGAGAAAAUUAAGGACCGACUUAAUUAAACUUAGGUAAGAAGAUUCAUUUAAGUCAUCGUCACCCCACCAGAAAGACCUGGCACUAUUUUAAAUGAAAGAAAGACAACUUACAAUUUGAAUUUCAUGUUCCUGUUAUUGGUCCUUUACAGGAGUAUCCUGUUUUUCCAACCUGAAAAACAUUCAUGUAUUUUAUAUCAGUAUUAGACCAAGGCAGCAGUUUGACAUUUGGCAUCUUUUAUAAAAGUUUAGAAGAUACGUCAAUUUACAAUGAGUAGUUUUCUGUAUUGCAAAGGAUAUGUUUUCUAUUUUGCCAGGAAUUCAGGGGUCUAAUGCUAAAAAUCAAAAGGCUUAUUGGAAAAAGAUUUUUAGGAAACUUGCCUUCCUCACUUUAAAAAGUGUUAUUUUAGAGAAAACUAAAAAAAUUUCUCAUGAGAAAGUGACAUUCAUUUUAGUGCUUAGUUUCAGUGCACUCAAAAAAUAAUUAAUACUUGAUUAAAACUAGUUUAUAAGAAAUGUUUUUCUUGCCAAACAUUGAUUGAGACGGUGCUCUUACAUGCAGAAUAUAUUUCAAGUGAAUCUUGCUCUGGGCUGCCCCUCAGAAUGGCAAUUUAUUUUAAGUUUACUUUCUGGUAAAAAGAAAAAAAAUGUACAUUUUAAGAUGAAAUAUUUUCUUGAUGUACCAGAAUAUUUCCUAGUUCAUUUGACCUAUUGAUUAAUUUUUAAGCUCUGCUAGGGCAUGUUAAAUAUUUUUUGUACACCUGAAAUUCAAGCCAAUUUCAACCUUAUUUAUAAUUACACUUUUUUGUUUCCAAAAGUUUUAUCAUAGAUUACUCAAACACAAGCCUUCUAAAAAUCCAUCUGGGUCAUUCAUGAAUUUGGUCUGAGAACAGUUCCUGGGAAGAGGUAAGGGGUGACUGAUGGGCCAUUGAGAAAUACACCUUGCUUGCUAUUUUAAACACUUUAAGUUUAGUGUUAGAAUAUUAUCUUAACAAGCUAGCCAAAUAAAUUAAAAAAAAACAAACAACAGGCUGAAUUAAGUGGGCAAGUUACUCCACAGUGAGUCUGGGAUAGUGUAUAAGACUGUUCAGAAUCCUGGUAUCACAAGGGCCCGCUCUAAAUGCAGGACAAACGCUGCCUUUUGAUUUUGAAAAAUUAUUUUAAAUGGCCAAGAAAGCAACACAACAGAAAAAAAUAGUAACUUGGCUUGGGGGACCACGUUAUUUUAAGCUGUUAUUUUCUUUACCUGCUUACAUAUCAAUGUUCUUUGAAAUAUCAUCUCUCUCUGAUGGAUGAACAAAGCUUCAGAGUUGCUCUCCUAAUCCAUUACUGGUGAUUAGCCUUAAAAUUUCCUUCCCCCACGCCCCCUCCCCCAGCUGGUUGGUUGGAAUGCCUCUGGAUUGCCCAAAGGGGGUUGCUCUGGGUGGCGAGCUGAGGCACGGGAUGUUUCUUCCGGGUUUGUAUUCUCAGCGAGUGGAGCCCCAUUCAUAUUCCCCAGAUUCCCUCUCUCCUCUCAGACGCCUAGACCUAGACAUCGGUCACCACUUCCUGUGGAUUGCUCCCUCCUGCUGCCGCCUCACUGCACCUGUCUUAGCACAGCCUUUGUCUUUCGCCUCUGCUCUUGUAGUAGGCAUCACCCAGCGGAUGCUUCCAGCUUCAAAUCCCCAUCUUCCUUCUCUAAGAUGCAGACUUGGUUUCGUUCUCUUUGGCUUCAUGUCCUUCAGGGGCCGCACUGCCUCUGAAGCCCAGAUGACUUCCGCUGGGGUGACAGUCCUGCGGGAACUGCCCGCAGCUUGCCCUCUGCUCAUCACAGGGGCACGCUCCUGCCCGUGACUUUGCCCUGGUCUUUCUACCAGGGAAGUCGCUCCUCAGAUAAGUUUACCCGGCAGACAGCUGCUUAUCUUAGACGGAAUGAGUUGGCAGGGAGGAGAGAGAGUGAAAUUUCCCAAGGAGACGUGGCCUCCCUUCUGCUGCUCCCAGGACCGGUCGUGGGCCUGUCCACCACCUCACGCUUGCCCCACUGCUCCUUCAUUCUCUUGCUAAAAUGUGAGCCCGCGAGGGCAGGGACCACGCUUUGCUCACCCCUGUAUGCCCAGAGCCUACGCAGAGCCGAGCCCGUUGUUAACACUUAAUUCUUUGUUCACUGACAAUUCAGUUAGCGUCACUAGGCAUUAGAUGUUCAGCUCUGGGUCUAGGGUUCUCAUCAACAACCUAAUUACAAGGAUAAACCGUUUCUUAGUUCACAAUAUUUUAACAUGACAACCUAUCUGCCCACCCACCACCUCCUCUUAGAACUAUUGACGGAAAGCCAACUGAUAAACUUUAACCGUCACCCUCUCCUGAAAAAUAGCUUACUUCGCCAUAAACUGAAAUUUCAGAAAUAAGAUUUGAGAGACUUGACAAUGAGACUGUUCACUGAACUGUGAUGUGACUCAGUGUGUGCUGCCACCUUACCCCCUCAAGAUGGACAAGCGUCCCAGUGCACACUCACCUCAACUAAGUCUGUAUACAUGCUAUUUGUGCUCAGGAAAACGGUCAACAGAAUGGUCCACUAAAACUGGAUUUUACCAAGGAUUUUAUUUUGAGCCUCUUAGAGAUUAUAAUAAAGCAAGUCAUUCUGUGUGUUCCAGGAAAUUA